CACCAACUAUUAUGAUGAUCAAUCACCUCAUCUAGGAUAGACAUCCUUAAAUCCAAACCGCAUUCUAAAUGGAUCUCCGUAGCCUCGCCCCAUCACAGGCGGCGGGGCUAUCGGUAGGAAUGAAUGGAAUGAUGGAGCAACACAAUCGAAUACAAAACAAAGGCUUUACAGCACAAAUGAUGACCACAGAAUCACCCGGUAGAAAACCGCCUCCGGUCCAUACAACAUUUAAAAGAUUGGAAUUGGUCGGAAGAGGUGCUUAUGGAGCGGUAUAUAGGGGUGUGCAUAUCGCCAGCGGGAAGGCGGUAGCAUUGAAAGUCGUCAAUUUGGAUACGCCUGAUGAUGAUGUCUCAGAAAUUCAAAAAGAAGUCGCUCUACUGUCUCAACUGAGGGAAACCACGAGCAAGAAUGUAAUCCGAUACUGGGGCUGCUGGUUACAUGAAGCAGAAUUAUGGAUCGUGAUGGAUUUUGCUGAGGGAGGCAGUGUGAGAACGCUGAUGAAAGCCGGUCUGAUUGCAGAAAAGUAUGCUUGCAUCAUUGUACGCGAAAGUUUGAUCGCAUUGAGCUUUUUACACAAGAGUGGAAUCAUUCAUCGUGAUAUCAAGGCAGCCAACAUUCUCUUGACCACCGAAGGACGAAUUCAAUUGGCCGAUUUUGGUGUAGCAGCAACGUUGGUUUCCAGCAGCGUUCAUAGUCGAAGGAUGACAUUUGUCGGAACGCCUUAUUGGAUGGCUCCAGAAGUGAUCACUCAAGGUAAAUCAUACGAUCAAAGUGCAGAUAUAUGGAGUUUAGGGAUAACGGUAUACGAAAUGUUAAUGGGCAAUCCACCUUUGAGCAACGAAGAUCAAAUGCGGGUAAUCAUGAUGAUUCCCAAGAAUAAACCUGCAAGACUUCCUGCAGAAGGCAGUUUCUCCUCAGCUUUGCGCGAAUUUGUCGCACUAUGUCUCAACGAAGAGCCAAAGGAACGUCCAAAUUCUGACGAAUUGAGUAAGACAAAAUGGAUCAAAGCAAGUAUCAAAACGCCUGUGUCGAUCUUGAAAGAACUCAUUUCCUUAUACAAUGCAUGGACGAAGAGUGGGGGAAUGCGUAUGAGUCUUUUGGGAGCCGAAGCCAGUGAUCUCAAUGAUCCAGCUAAUCGCGAAUCCUUCAUCUUUGACAUUCCAGAUGGAGAGAAUUCGGGAUGGGAGUUCACCGAUGCGAACUUCGGAGGUUUUAAUAACAUGUCAAACACACCAUCAGGACCUGUUCGUGAUCAUCCACUCUUGCGACUCUUCGAGCAAGAAGGAGAUGAAUCAAUUGCUACAAACAAUGCCGGUCCUACUCAGGCAAACACUCCUCUCAAUCUUCCGCAAUACAAAGGUGCCGAAAUUCGUCUUGCACCGGCUCCUCCCCUUUUUGAUGCAGAAGUUACGGCAUCGGUACUGACUUCGACUACAAGUGCCUAUAGUGCCACAACAUUGUCAACAGCCAGACCUGCUGCAGCAAUCGAUGACAACGACAUUGACAAGAAGGCUUUCACGGGAACUGGUGCAAGGCCUUUCCGAUUUGGUGGAGGAGGCGGAGCAGUGGUUACGCCAGUGGAAGCAUCUGAGACAAUUGUACCUGCUCAUCAAGCAGAAAGUGGCGGAAAGAGUGCGGAAGAAGUUGAAGACUUUCCCAAUAGACGGAAGAGUUUUACAGCUUCUAAUCUUACAAGACACCUAGAGGAUUCCGAAAUGAUGCCGCCACCACCGCAUUCGAAUAACCCACUUCAACCUACUCCAGGCAGAUUGCACAAACGUCAAGGAAGUACAAUGAGCGCACAUUCCAAUAGUCUGCCUUACGACAGCAGCUAUCAUAAUGGCGUUGGUAUCCCUGGAAGGCACCUUCACGAAAGGACCGAUUCGAGUUCGAUCUAUUCACAUUCACCAGCUCAGAGCGAAUCAAGUAUACCUGGCAGUCUGGCAGGUCAAGAUCGAAGACCUCAACCGAAUGGCACACACAACAACAUCACGGGAAAUUCAAACUUUAAUGCUGCGAUGCCGCCAUUUGGCCGUUCAAUGAGCGAAAUGCCGUCAAGCCAUAUUCAGGCAAUCUCUUCCAUUGCUGGAAGACAAAACGAUGCAAUGUCAAAUUUGGCAAGCCCAAUAGCAGAGGGCAAUCGUAGACCAUCAUUGCAAACUUCAGCUUCGACGACAAAUGCUACUUCCAGUGCCGGAGGAGCAUAUCCUAUGCCUUCAUUCGCAGCUCGAUCAGGAAUGGGAAUACGCAGCAGAAGUGGAAGCAGGCCCCGUUUGGCAGCAAUGGAAAUGGAUGGUGUAGAUAUCAAUGGUCACUAUGUCGGAUCCAGUGCGAUGCCUCCGCCUCCGUUACCCAGUAUGGCCGGUAAUUAUAAAGCAGGCUUCUCGAAGCAAGCUGGAGGCAUGCCAGUACGGCCGUCAGCUAGUCCAGGAGGAUCAAUGGUAUUAGGAUCACCUGCCGCAUUACAUCAACGCAGACAACAUGGCGGAAGUGAUCCAACGCAAGUCCUUGCUCGUCGACAGUCACAAUUUGAUCCUUCAAUGGAAGGCAAUACACAACAUGCUGGCGUGACGACCACUACAUCUGCUUUAGGAUCGAUGACACCAAAUCAGCAUACGUCGAACAGUAGAUCCUUACAACCAUCACCUUCGCUUGAUCAUAAUAGAGAUGAAAAUAUGAGGAAUCUGUCUUCCUAUCGUCUACCGCCUUUACGAACUCUAGACCUUGGCCAAUUGACACAUAAAGACGAUGUGCAUAAUGAGCUGGAUUAUACGGUUGAAAGUCUUGGAAGAUGCUUAGAUGUCAUCGGCACAGGUUUGGCCCGUGUUGUCGGACAGUAAAGAAUGAUUUACUUGCCCUCUUUUUUUGUAUCAUAUUUUGCCCGUCUUUCUCUGAAGUGUAUUUUAGCAAUGUUGUAUUAUUCACAUUCUUUCAAGAUCUUAUGUACAUUAGAGAAGCUUUGAUUUGUGGGGAGUGCUAUAUCGUACAUAUGUGAUGAGGAAGAGAAAGAAGAUAGAAACUAAACAUGUUCAACGUUUACGCCCCUUUAUAUGCAUACUUCAUACCGUUGAGACCGACUGCCUCCAUUUCGAAUUUGUCA